AUGACUGGAGGCAAAUCCGGAGGCAAGGCCAGCGGCUCAAAGUCCAGCGCCCAAUCUCGUUCAUCCAAGGCUGGUCUCGCUUUCCCCGUUGGUCGUGUCCAUCGUCUGCUCCGCAAGGGCAACUACGCUCAGCGUGUCGGUGCCGGUGCGCCCGUCUACCUCGCUGCCGUGCUUGAGUACCUCGCGGCUGAGAUCCUCGAGUUGGCUGGCAACGCUGCGCGCGACAACAAGAAGACCCGUAUCAUCCCCCGCCAUCUCCAGCUCGCCAUCCGAAACGACGAGGAGUUGAACAAGCUGCUCGGACACGUCACCAUUGCCCAGGGCGGUGUCCUCCCCAACAUUCACCAGAACCUGCUGCCCAAGAAGACGGCCAAGCCUGGCAAGGGUCCUUCGCAGGAGCUCUAA